AUGGCAGGAAUAAACAAAAAGAUUUCUGCAGCAUCAGCUAGAGCUCACACAAGAAAAAGGAAGCAGAACACUGGACUCCAACUUCCAAUGGAUAAUGGUCGACCUAACAAAGAUUACCUGAAGUACAAAUGGAGCCCUAGUGGAUGUCCUGCACCUAAGUUUGAUGGCCAAGAUUUAGUCAAGAGAGUUAAGGGUAAGAAGAUCAUGUUUGUUGGUGACUCAGUCAGUCAAAACCAGUGGCAGUCUUUUAGUUUUCUGAUUCAUGCAGCUAUCCCGAAUGCAAAAUAUGCCAUUAACUAUGGAGAAAAGUAUUCGUCCGUCAAUUUUACGGAUCCUGAAUAUGACAUAGCUUCAAUUUUUAAUCAAAAACCAUUCUUUGUCGAGCUUGAGGGAAAACCCGAACGGGUUCUAAAGAUCGACACCAUUAGCACUAGUGAUGUAUGGAAAGAAAUAGAUAUUCUGGUCUUAAACAGUUGGCAUUGGUGGCAUCACACUGGAAAAUUACAACAUUGGGAUAAAAUCCAGGAAGGAGCCCAGACAUACAAAGAUAUUGAUGAUCGUAUGGAAGCUUUUAAAAAGGGAUUAACUACAUGGUCAACAUGGGUUGACAAAAAUAUUGACCCCAAGAAAGAAUUUCUCCUGCUCAUCUCAAUGGCGACCAGUGGGGUUUCCCAAAGACGACUUGCGCAGACCACACAACGCCAAUUACUGGUAGCAAAUUUUUUGGAGCUCCGAAACCUGGAGUGCCUGUACUCAAGGAAUUAUUAAGUAAGAUGUCGACUCCUAUUACUUUAUCGGAUGUGACAACCAUGUCACAGCUAAGAAUAGAUGCGCAUCCAUCAAAAUACGCGAAUAAAGAUGGAACGGCUCACGAUUGCGGCCAUUGGUGCGUGGGUGGUGUAACAAAUACUUGCAAUACUCUU